CGUGCGCCACUGAGAAGUGACGUCGCCGAGUGACGAGUUGGUGUCUGCGCCAACAUGGCUGACGAAACUGCAAGAGCGCAGGUUGCCCAACCUGGUGGAGACACAAUAUUUGGCAAAAUCGUACGCAAAGAAGUCCCUGCAAAUCUCAUCUACGAGGACGAUGAGUGCGUCGCCUUCCCUGAUGUUUCCCCCCAAGCGCCAACUCAUAUCCUGGUGGUCCCCAAGAAGCCAAUCCUCCAACUGUCCAAAGCGGAGGACGCCGAUGCCGCACUGCUGGGGCACCUGCUGAUCGUGGCCAAGAAGUGCGCCCAGCAGGCGGGCCUGGCCAAAGGCUACAGGAUCGUCAUCAACGACGGACCCGACGGCGGCCAGUCGGUCUACCACAUCCACGUUCACGUCCUGGGGGGCCGCGGCAUGAAGUGGCCCCCCGGCUGACCUCUGCCGCGGCGCCGUGUCUUCUUUCCUGUGGGUGAAGUCGAGCUAAAUGUGGAUGUUCAAACGGUGGUAAUAAAAUGUGACCCUCUCACAA